UGGUGUGUACUAUAUACUGGUGUGUACUAUAUACUGGUGUAUACUAUAUACUGGUGUAUACUAUAUACUGGUGUAUACUAUAUACUGGUGUAUACUAUAUACUGGUGUAUACUAUAUACUGGUGUGUACUAUAUACUGGUGUGUACCAUAUACUGGUGUGUACCAUAUACUGGUGUGUACUAUAUACUGGUGUGUACUAUAUACUGGUGUAUACUAUAUACUGGUGUGUACUAUAUACUGGUGUAUACUUUAUACUGGUGUAUACUAUAUACUGGUGUGUACUAUAUACUGGUGUAUACUAUAUACUGGUGUGUACUGUAUAUUGGUGUGUACUGUAUACUAGUGUGUACUAUACACUGGUGUGUACUAUAUACAGGUGUGUACUAUAUACUGGUGUGUAUUAUACACUGGUGUGUACUAUAUACUGGUGUGUACUAUAUACUGGUGUGUACUAUAUACUGGUGUGUACUAUAUACUGGUGUGUACUAUAUACAGGUGUGUACUAUAUACUGGUGUGUACUUUAUACUGGUGUGUACUAUAUACUGGUGUGUACUAUAUACUGGUGUGUACUGUAUAUUGGUGUGUACUGUAUACUGGUGUGUACUAUAUACUGGUGUGUACUUUAUACUGGUGUGUACUAUAAACUGGUGUGUAUUAUAUACUGGUGUGUACUAUAUACAGGUGUGUACUAUAUACUGGUGUGUACUAUAUACUGGUGUGUACUAUACACUGGUGUGUACUAUACACUGGUGUGUAUUAUAUACUGGUGUGUACUAUAUACUGGUGUGUACUAUAUACUGGUGUGUACUAUACACUGGUGUGUAUUAUAUACUGUAGUGUACUAUAUACUGGUGUGUACUAUAUACUGUAGUGUACUAUAUACUGUAGUGUACUGUAUACUAGUGUGUACUUUAUACUGGUGUGUACUAUAUACUGGUGUGUACUAUAUACGGGUGCGUAUUAUACUUGAGUAUACUUGA